UUGCGAUGGAGUCCACAUCACUUCUUUUUUUACGCAGCGGAGAUGAACACUUGGAUAGCGAGUUCCAACCCGGCCAUGAAACUAAUUUUGCUCUUCACCGCCUCCCUCACCUGGGCCUUUCAGCAGGAGUCGGCGCCGCCCAAGUACCAGUACCGCGACCCGGUGACCUCCGAGCUCCUCCUGUGCGACCAGUGUCCCCCUGGCACGUCCGUGAGGCGACACUGCAGCGCCGACAGGCCCACAGAAUGCCGAGCCUGCCCUGAGAGACACUUUGCUGACAACUGGCACUGGGGGGACUCGUGCCAACACUGCACCUCGGUGUGCAAAGAGAGGCAGCUGGUGAAGCAGGAGUGCAACAGUACCCAUGACAGAGUGUGUGAAUGUGCUGCAGGUUUCCACCUAGUGGUUGAGUUCUGCAUCACACACAGCCCCUGCCCAUCUGGAUAUGGAGUGGCAGCUUUGGGUACGCCAGUGAGCGACACGGUAUGCGAGCCAUGUCCUGUUGGCCUUUUCUCCAGCCGCCGCUCGUCAACAGAACCAUGUCGGCCCCACAGAAACUGCACAGAUGUGGGCAUGAAGACGCUGCGAUGGGGCACGUCCGCUUCAAACAGCAUCUGUGGAAGCCAGGACCAAAUUAUGGCCAUCGAUUGUGCACAUCAUCACACAUUGUGUCACACAGAUGUGCUCUUUUGUGAGGAGGCAGUUUUCCAGUCACUAGCCUCCCUGCAGUUGUCCUCCGUGCCCCUGGAACGUCUGUUGGAGAGUCUUCCAGGCCGCAGGGUGGAUCGCAAGAGCGUGGAGAGGCUGAAGAAGGCUUGUUCGCCGCAGCAACACGUCCUCCAGCUGCUGCGACUAUGGAGGCAGCAGAACAAGGACCAGGAUAAGCAGUAUGGCAUUAUAAAAGGUGUCAACCACUGUGAACGCAAGGUCUCCCGCUGCAACACCCUGAAGAACCUGACUUUUGAUGACCUCUUGGAGGUGACCAACAGCUUGCCAGGGGUCAAAGUCCGCCCGGAGGACGUGUCGGCGGUGGUGGCGACCUGUCCCCCCAAGCAGUACGUCCUGCAGCUGCUCCACCUGUGGAAGAGAGCCAACUUCGACCUGGAUCUGGUCAAAGGUCUUUCUCACAGUGUGAGGGUGCUGCGCGGAAAAGGGGCGCCGCGUUAUCUUCUGAAAGGCCUCAAGAAGAUCAGCCGCAUCAUAGGCUCCGCCUCCACUCGCAAGACGUAUGAAAAGAUGUUUGUUAGUAUGCUUCAAGAUGAACUGUUUUUUAAAACUCUUAAGCCAUUCAAUGAAUAAGAGUAAAAAAGGCUGCUGUUUCAGUAGGGAUGGGAAUUCUACUAAAUCUUCUUAAUCGGCUUUGGGAAAAAUCACAUUUUUUCUAUGAGAAUCUCUCCUGGAAUGUUCUCAGCACCUGUUUCCGUGCUGUGUUGUACUGAGCAGAGGAGUUGUACCAUACCAAAGGUCUGCGUGGUUGUCGUUUUUCAACAGCGUCUCUUCUGGUCGCAGAUGAGUAGUGCACUCCAUUUUGUCUCCAUAGCUUCCAGAUACAUCCAUCCAUCCAUCCAUUUUCUACCGCUUGUCCCUUUUGGGGUCACACAAUUAAUCCACAAUGAAUUCUCCAGAAUUGCCCAUUCCUUGCUUGUAUCCUAAAUAAACUCCAAAGGAGAACAACACUCAAGCUCUAAAACACUCAUAGUGCGAUUACAUAUAAAUAUAUACUGUAUAUAUAUAUAUAUAUAUGAGUAAAGUGGUACCUUGGUUUUUGGUAGCAAUCCAUUUCCGUAACCCAAAUCAUACAAAAACCGAGGCAAUCUUUCCAAUAAGAAAUCAUAUAAAUCCAAUUAAUCAGUUCCAAACACCCAAAAAUAUUAACACAAAACAUGUUUUAUAAAGAAUAUUUAUAGUUUUUCAUUCAGAUAACAAUGUAAAUUAAACAUAAAUGAUAUACUUUUUUCUUUUAUUUAUUUAUUUUAUUUUUUGUAGCCAUACUUUUUAAUAAAAACAAAUGUUUGUUUUAAAAUGUUUUCUUUUUACAUUUUUGCAGACAUAUUUUCUUUAUUUGUUUUCUUUAUUUAUUUUUAUAAUUUUUUUUAGCCAUACCUCUUUUUAUUUUAUUUUUUUAUUUUUUGUAUUUACCAGUUGAGUUACCAAUGCAAUGAUUCUUUGUUUGGUCAAUGGAUUCCGUGGAAUAAUACGCCAAGAAACACUAAUUUGAUAACCAAGAUGGCAACAUUUGGGGAAAAUGAAUGAUGAAAAACUAAAUCAUAAGAAAAGUACCAAGGUACCACUGUAUUAUUAUUAUUAUUAUUAUGAUGAUUAUUAGUAUUAUAAAAAUGUAUAGUGCAGAUGAACCUGGUGUACAGUAUAUGUACGUGGGACAGACAUAGAGUAGGUCACAUGGUAGCAUCAUGUAAAUAAAGCUAUACUCACCAAAUUUAAACAUAUGCAGAGAUAAUUUGGAAACCAGGUGAGUUUAUAAUCCUAAAUUGCCUUUCAGUAAUUACUCAAAUGCUUUUGAUUUGAAAAAAAAUAGCAAUUCUACAUGUGCCCUCUAGGCAGAGUAAUCUUUGCAAAAUAUUUCAUGGGAACCCUUUUCAGUCUGUGAAAAGUAACACACACAAUUAUUUAAGAUGUAAAUAGCAAACGGUUUUAUGGAAAAAUGGGCAAGCAAAUGUGCUUCCCCCUCACCCCCCUUUCUCGCCAUUUGGGAGGAAGGAUUUGGUUUCAUAAUGAAAUCCAGGUAUGAGCUAUAUAAUUGUCUUUUGUUUUGUUUUGUUGGUUUUGUCCGCGACUGCUGGCAAGUUAAGCUCCUGGAAAUUUAAUGUUGUUACUGUCAGCUUUGUGAAUGUACAAUUGUGUUCUAUUUAAAAGGGAGUUUAUCUUGGACUUGUAUGUAAUGGCUUGUUUUUAUUGCUUCAUAAGAAAUACUGAAUCCUAAAUGCUGCAACUUCUUGAAGGGAUAUGUUUUAUAUUUGUUUUGUUUUUAUUUUUUAUACAAAGAAGUGUCUUGUUUCUUUAUUGUAUAUAUAAAACUAAUGGUGCGUUCAAAUGCUUCAUAAAAGAUUGGACUUUUUCUCCCUGCUUGUGGUUUCUUAAAAAGUGAUCAUUAUGAUAUUUUUGUGACUCAUUGUGCCAACA